AACGAAACAGAAACAGUCAACGGCGAACGCGAAGCAGCAGUUAAGCGGGUCAAUUCCGGACAAUUAGCAGGUUUUUAGCAAGGAAAAAAAUACAGAAAAAUGGCACAACAAUUCCAAGAGUACAAGGACAAAAUCCAGAAGCAGCUUACAGACAAAUCGAAGCCAUGGACCCCCAUUUUCGACAUGGUAGAAGCCAAAACCGGCGUCGAUAGAACGUAUUCCUUCCUCGGAUUUGUGGUAGUUUUUGCUCUUUACUUGGCCUUUGGUUGGGCUGCCCAACUCAUCUGCAACAUUGUUGCCGUUGCCUAUCCCGCCUACAUCUCCAUUAAGGCCAUCGAGUCGCCCGACAAGCGUGACGACACCAAAUGGCUCACUUAUUGGGUCGUUUUUGCCGUUUUCACCAACAUUGAAUAUUUCUCCAGCAUUAUUACACAAGUUAUUCCAUUCUAUUGGUUAUUGAAGUGCGUUUUCUACAUUUGGUGCUUCGCUCCAAUCGAAAACAACGGAUCAAUCUUCAUCUACCACAAAAUUAUUCGUCCAUAUUUCCUUAAACACGAAAAAUCAACUGACGAUAUCAUCGAUAAAGUUACGGGAAAAGCCAAGCAUUUAAUUGAUGAUGCCUUGAAGAAGGACUAAAGUCUGGACUAAAAUUGACAAAAAAAAAUGUUAAAAUUUAAAGUUUUUCACAAAAAAGAAAAAAAAAAUCAAAAUUUCCUAUAUUGUUAAAAAUUUACCUUCUCACAACACUUAACUCUAUGAACAAUCACGAAUCUGAACUUUUUAUUAAAAAAAUAGAAUAACCAAUGUUAGUUAGAUUAAAUGGGUCUAAAUGGGCUUUUUUAAACAUUUUAUUUAUAUUUAAUUUUAACUGGACCUGCAUUUUAUCCCGAUUUUGAAAAAAAAAAUUUCUACCUUCCCUUUUACAAUUUUACAAAAACGAAAAUUUAAACAAAUGUCCAUAGAAAUAGGUUCAAAUUUUUGUGAUUAAAUUGCGAUACAAAUAAAAAAUAGCAGUUUUUAAUAAUUGUAA